UACUUGUAGUGAAGGGACCCCGCCGACGCAGGGGAACCGUCCUGGCUCUUCUGCUGGUCGGUGGUGAUGAUGGGCUUCAGGUCCUGGCCCUUCCGGCGCUUCUUCCCUCCGCUACCAUUUGCAGCCUGUGCGACCUGCUUGGCCUUGUUGAUGGCGGCCUUCUUGAUGUCGCUGCUGUUCAUGGUGCGUCGUCGACGGUUGUCGUCGUCGUCGUCUUCGUGGUUUGGCGUUCCCCGCCACGCGCACGGCUGCUACAAUACGGAGUACAAGGGAGAGAAGGCUCAAGCGCUCGGACGGCGGGGUGUGGGCAUCGGCGGGCGGGCGGAGCGAGCGAACGCGAUUAGAAACAGUCGUCUUCGGGGGGCGCGCAAAAACGAGUCGAGUCGAUGAUUGUGUCGAAGGAGGAAUCGAAGUGCGAACUCUGCACA